AUGCAACCCACUCAGCAUAUGUCCAUGAACAUGGGGCAAGCUCCAGGAGGCAUGGACUCAUCGUCACAUCAGGGCACCCAUGCGAACAAUGCACUCUUUCCGAAUGGCAUCUCUCAUACUUCGAUGCAGGCAGACUCGCUCACAUCUGCACUAAACCUUCUGACACCGGACCUUCUGCAAGCACAUCCUCAGAUGCAUCAGUCUUUUGCUCAACUUGCUGCGUCUCAGCCUAGAGGCUCGGCUUCUCUGCUUUCGCAAGUGCAAAACCAGCUACAGCCUGCAGCUCAGCCAUUACUGCCACAGCAGCCUCGCGGUCCAAAUAGCAUUUCUCAUCAUCAACCACUAGACCAACAAACACAUCAGCAGCGCUCGCAUUCACGUCAGCAGCAGCAUCGUCCGCGGUCGCAGCAACAACAGCAGCAGCAGCAGCCACAAUCGCAUCACCAAUCUCACCCACUUCCUGGCCAGCAAGCUCAACACCAACAACAGCCAUUACAUCGUCUGAAUUCCCAACAGCAUGCACCCAACUCGCAGCAGCAGCCGCAACAACAACAGCAACAACCCAAUCUAGCCCAGCUGCUUGCAGCGAAUCCUAAUGCCCUCAACACCCAAUCUUCGCUGCUGCAACAACAUGCCUCCAUUUUGUCAGAUAGCCGCGCAUCCGUGUCUAGCUUCUCGCACUCUCUGCACGAAGCGAAGCAGGCAACGCCAUCUGAUCGAGCCGAUAUUCGAAACGUUGUCUCUAUCCUCGAGCGCGCGUCGAAGACACUCGUCUCCGAGCUUGAACAGGGAGUAGUGAAGCUGCGAGCGCUUGCGAGUUCGCAAGCGUUCAACAACAUGGCCAGUCUCUUCAACGGUAGUGUCGGUGCGAAUCAGCUUGGGCAAGACGGAGGCGGAGGACAGGAUCUCUUCGGUGCGCUUAAUGGCUUCGGCAUGCCCGGGCCAGGCUUGCAACAACAGCAGCACAAUGCAGGGGGCCUGCCUUUUGACCUUGGGCUUGCCUUCCAGCAGAAUCCUCAAGCCAGGGGCAUCUUUGGAACUGGCAGCACCAAUGUGCCUGGCGGCGCAUUCAGUGGCUCGUUCAACAACGAUGGUCGAUCUCCGGGCACAGGCCCGCAAGGUGCCAACGCCGCCCAGAAUUCGCCAUUCGUAUCGGCGUUGCUCGCACAGUAUCUCUCGCAGCCAACGGAUCCAGCGAGCCGUCAAGGUGCGCUUUCGCUCUUUCAGUCUCUUGCCAAUGGAAGCAACAAUGGAUCUUUGCCCAACUCGAUGCAGGGUCUCGAAGCACUUCUCAACCAAGGCUUGCCUCAGCAACAGCAGUCGCGGGUAGGAAUGCCCGGUAUGGACGGAGGCAAAGCUAAUCAGCCGGCAGCGCCGCUAGCGAACGGUGCACCGCUCACCAACGCUGCUGCUUUGGCUGCUUUGACAUCAUUAGGCAUCAUGCCCGCCAUGCUCGAGGCUUUGGGUCUUGGAUCUGUGGCACAGCAGAUGCUCGAGGCUCCAGUGGACAGUGAUGCCAAGCAGGACGCAUCUAGCAAGAUGGUCGGACCAAGUGUAUCUCCUGCUCGACGAGACGACAGUCCGGAUUUGGAUCCAAGCGACCCAUCUUCCGAGCCGGCAAGAAAGAAGCGCAAGCAGGUUCGAGGGAAAGCGAUUAGCUCGUCAUCCCAUGUGAAUGCCGAUGCAAGCUCCUCCAAGCUGCCUCCCCACGUCAUCGGCGUCGAUGCAAAGAGCACAGCAGUCGCACCUUCUGGCCAGCCUGUUCCGACGCAGAGUAUCUCGUCGAAACCUGCCAUCACAGCUCGUCAAAUCGAUCGCAACGCAGUUUCCAUACCUAAUAUGCCGGGAUCAGCAGCUUCAUCGGACUCUUCUAGAAAGAUUCCAACACUCGGCGUGGGUCUACGGCAAGAAGGCGACAAGCGCUACCGCAACCGUAAACUGCUUCGCGAUCUUCGCGAGCAUCUCUACCGCUGGCUGGGGACGGACGAGUUCCGAAAGCUGCGAAAUACAUACAAAGUGGCUGAAUGGGUGCCCAACCCGAAUCUCACCGAAGAGGAAAAGCAGAUACUUGCCUCGCUUCCUCCAGGUGCAGUGGCGCAGCCGCCAAUCACAAAGCACAUCUUCCACGUCGACUUCACCAGUCGUGAUUUCUACCGCACCAAUCAGUCGCUCAUCGAUGCCAUUGUGGCGGAGGGCUCAAAGAAGGUUGAAGCAAAGCCCGAAGCGUAUGCGAUCGUACCCGGUACGAUUGAUCGGGAUCAUUUGGAAGAUGUUGCCAAGGACCUGAUGGAUUCGGCACGAUCUGGUUUCCGCAUGUCUCUGCGUACAGGCUUGCAAGCGGAGAAGGAGGACAAGGAAAAACACGAGAAGUAUCGAGGUGUCGAACGAGCCAAGACCAAAUGUCGAAAUCGUGAGAUCGGUGCAGGCCGCUUACGACAUGCUAUUCCCAAACAGCUGCUCAUCCCCGGUGCAUACUCCGACGACGCUGCCAGUGACGAAGAUCUACACGGCCUCACUAAGUCCGAAUGGAAACGACAACGAUUGCGCAAGCUUCGUAUCGCUAAAGGAUGGGAAGCGGUCACUCCCAAGUGGCGCAACAAGCAUCUCACUCGUGCAUACCACAAAGCAGACAUCGUCAGUAAGAGCAAGCAGAUGGCUCGUUGGCGUCGAGACGAUCCGGUGGAUCUGCCGAUCCCAAUCAAGUUGUACGGCAAGUUAUUGCCCAAGCAGCUAUUCGAUCCUGACUGGCUGGCAGAGCACAGGAAGAAGUUGGAAGACGAGCCGUACUGUAUCAGAAUCAAUGACAAUGACAUUGAAGGUUGGGAUGAAUCGCAUCAUCCACUAGGUGAGGACACUAGCGAUGAGAUGGAAUGGAGCGAUGCAAAGGAGAGUUCAAUGCGCGGAAGAGGGUUGAUAGGCUCAAGUGGAAGGGAGAGGGGGAGCACCACGCAGUCACCUGUACCUGGGCCAUCUGGGUCAAGCAGUGCAGCAAGGACAGAUGCAGCGGUGGGCGAUGACAGUAAGCCUGGUUCCGCUACGCCUGCGCUGGCCAGCACUACCAAAGAGUCUCCUGAUGCUGGCAGUAUCGCUGCAGUUGGUGCUACGGCGGAGGAUGUUUUGAGCAAGAAGCCGCCACCUGUCGAUGGCAAUGCAGGAUCGGAAGGCUCAGGAACAAGCAGCGUAUCAGGCAGCUCACGAUCAGGUCAUCCUGAUGCGGGUGAUUCUGGUGGCAGCGAUUCAGAUUCCGACGUCUCCAUCGCUCCACCUCCAGUCUCUGCCAGCGAGGAUGACAAGGUGAAGGCUGAUCCCUCGAAGAGUCCAUCAACCGAAGCUGGUGCCACUAAUAAGGCUUCCUCUACUGAGCCCUCUGCCGCUGCUCACGGAGCAUCGCCAAGCGAUUCUUAG